AUGACUGUAAAACAUCUCUCUGUGGAUUAUAACAAAGUAAACGAACGAGGCACCUUCUCUCCUGGGGACACCCUGUCCGGGAGGGCGACGGUGGUGACCAGCAAGGAAACCAAAGUGCAAUGUUUUGUGGUCAAGGCCAAAGGAAAAGCUAAGGUUGCAUGGUCUGAACAGAAAGGACAAGUCACAGAGGCUCACAGCAACAAGAAGGAGUACUUUUACUUUGAGCAUAUUAUUCUGCAGGAUAAAAACAAAGGAGAUGGUGAGUAUUGUCUGUCUUUAAAAAUUGUGUCCAAAAAGACUUUUUAUUGAACUCUUUUCUUCUUCUUAAGGUUCAGAAAUCAUCGCGCCUGGGAGAAAUGUGUUUCCAUUCACCUUUGAGAUCCCAAAUACGUGCGUGUAUAUGGACUAAUAUGAAUUUACUGUAUUCUUGUAACAGCUGAUGAAAUGCUUUUGAUAAACCUCAUUUACCCUCCCUGUGUCCUUGCAGAGAUAUGCCUUCAUCCUACAAGGGGAAAUGGGGCAAAAUUACAUAUACCUUGAGGGCAAAGCUGACCCUGUCCAUCUGGAGUGUCCACAAAACCAAGACUGAGUUUCCUUUUCUGACCAAGGCCGAGUUUCCCUUUGCCUCCAAAUCAGAAAUGAUAAUUAUAGGACUUAAGGUGCAGGACUUGUUAUCCUGAACCAUGCAUGGUUUCAGUAUUCACUUCUAGUUAGCCCAGCUUUGUCAAAACUAGCAAUAUUGAAAACAGUCAUGCAGAUAAUGGCAGUACUUAUAAUGUGUAAUAACCAUCUCUUUAUCUCUAUCAGGAGCAACAAUCUGCAACCAGGAUUUCAUUUUAUGGGUCCGAAAAAGUCACCAUGAAUGUUACCUCUGAGAAAAUGGGAGUAAAACAAGGUAAACAGGAACAUUUUGAAUGUCAUUUUUUUCUCUAUAACCUCAACAGCAACAUUAAUACUGUUUUUUCUCUCUCCUCUAUAUAAAAAGGUGAGGCAAUCGGGGUCUCCGUGGAAGUACUUAAUGGAUCAGUGCGCACCGUUACACCCAAACUCUACCUUUGUGAGAAGCAGACCUUUGCUGCUCAGUCAAAACGGACGGUACACACAAAUGAGACCAUGUUUGGAGCCGGAGACGUCGUUCCUGCUGGGACAAACUGCACUGUCACCAAAGUUCUCAGUAUUCCUCCUCAUCUCCCCCCAACUUUCUUCAACUGCAGCAUGAUGAACCUGGAAUACAGACUCAAGGUACUACUGUAGUUCACAAGUUCAAUGAAAACAGAUUGAAGUGGUUCAUUUAUUUUUGACAAACAACACCUCUGCAAAAACAAAACCUUGGUUGGAGUAUCAGGGCUUAAAAACGGGAAUGCAUGAUGACCACAGUGCCACCCAGUGGUCAUGGGAGAAAUGAAGGAUCUAGGGAGGAAAGGGGUAGGAGGGGUCAAUGGGGACAACCGUUGUGGCUUGGAAAUACGCAAAUAAAGGUUUGGUUGGGGAAAGGUGUCCGAGUACAGUCUAACCUGUUCUGUUCUACUACUGGGUCAGAAAAGAUGCCCAGAUUUGAAACAAGAGUAGAGACAGACAAUGCAGUCUUUAUAACAUGUCAAGAUAAGCAUAUAGAUAAAGUCAAAACCCCACAUUGAAGUUUGACCUUAUUUGAUGUGCAUACUCUCAUAACUAAUACUAAAAAUCUUGCUUUGUAAUUGCAGGUCACUCUUGAUGUAUUUCCUGCAAGAGCUUCAGAGAUCAAACUCCCUCUGGUCAUUCUGUUGGGUUCGCCAAAACCUCAUCAGCAAAAAGCAAAAAGAUCCAUCUGGUUCAGAAAGCUCCCUGGUUAA